CUGGGAUGCUCAGUGGUGCACACCAACAUGGCGGAACCCAUGGAGCUGCUCUGCUGGGGAGGCGACUGGGAUCUGCCAUCCGUGCACACAGACUCUCUCAUCGUGCUGGCAUAUGCAAAAUUUUCAGAUGCAAAGCUUGCAGUAAAGUCUAUUGACUGGACAUGGAGGACUAUCACAGCAUCUGUGCCACAACUACACUAUGAGGGAUCCGCAGUCACAGAACCAACACAAAUUCUAAACUUCCUACGAAAACAGAGAUUCAAUGCCGACUAUGAGUUGACAGCUAAGCAAGGUGCAGAUACAAUGGCUUAUAUCGCCCUCCUGGAGGAAAAGCUGCGGCCAGCACUGCUGCACACAUUCUGGGUGGACGCAGAGAACUAUGCUAACCUGACCCGACCCUGGUUUACGUCACAUUCCCCGUUCCCCCUUAACUUCUUUGUACCGGGUCGACAGGCCAGCUUGGCUCUGUCCCGCAUCUUACUGACUAAAGCAGAGUCGCCAUUGCUGAACAUCACAGAAGUAGAGGGAAAGAUCUACAGUGAAGCCAAAGAGUGCCUGAAUUUGCUCUCCCACAGACUUGGGAACUUCCAUUUCUUCUUUGGAGACACGCCUACAAGCCUGGACGCCUUUGUCUUUGGCCAUAUCGCCCCUCUAAUUAAAGCCCCUCUGCCCAGUGGGCAGCUUCAGAAGCACCUGAACCAACUUGAUAACCUCUGCCAGUUCUGCAACACCAUCCUUAAAAACUACUUUACCGAUGCCUCUGCUGAGAAGAGAACAGACUGCUCACCGACGGCUAUCCAUGAUCCUGUCGAUGCAAACCUCCAGAAACUGACACAACUUGUUAACAAAGAGUCCAACCUUAUUGAAAAGAUGGAUGACAAUCUUCGCAGCAGUCCACAGCACAGACCGCACAGACAUGAGUCCAAACCCUUGGCCCUGGCCGGCGAGAGGAACUCGACCCCUCCCUCAUAAACACCUUGUAUCAAAGCACUGACUUUACCAUCAUUGAUUUAUUUUCCAUUGAAAUUGAAAUAUUUCCAAAUGUUAUUUAUAAUUUAACAUACUUUUGCAGUCAUAAUAAAUUAAUACUAGCUUUUCAUGAGGAAGUUGUUGAAAUGUGUUACAAAAUCUAACACUCAAAUCAACAACAACAUAAAGGGCUUGAUAAAUGGGCAUUCUUCAUCUGUUGUAUUUAAAAAUCAUUAGCACAUGUGGCAACUACAUAUAAAAAGGAAAUUGCUUUUUAGUAGCCUAAUAUAAACAUUGAGCUGACAAUUGAUGACUUAAGAUACCAAUGCCAUAGUUUAAAAGAGAAGUGAGUUGCAUUUUCCAGGAUCAGUUUUUUCCCUAGCGGUCAUUGGCUUUGAAUCAACUUUGAAUGCACUAGCUGGCUUUCCAAAUGCAAAAGGUUUUGUGUGUUUUAUGAUGUUUUUAUUUAUUUUUUCAAUCCUGCCCCAGCACAAUUACAGGUACAUUAAAAGCUUUAUGGUUUAUAUACUAGGUGUUCAGCUUUUUUUUUUUUUUAGAGUUGUUUAUAAUAACCAAAUUAGGAGUUGAAAUUUGUACAU